CCCAAGUUUUACUCUUCAACACUAAGGGCAUAAGCGUGCCCUAGAAUUCAUUCGCAAACACUUCGAGGGUAACACGUCGUAAGAAUUCAUUCAUAUGGUUCGAUCUGAAUGUUAAGGCGGUAAAGUCAAGUUUUCUCUUUCCAGAGAUGUGUGUGGCUUGGGAUUUUGGUUAGUCCAUUGUGUAUUUGCCCCCUCUUCUGAUGAGUAAUGAUGCUGCGAAGACAUGUUCAAACUAUUGGUAAUGUUCUAGAGAGAGUUGUGCAAGUUCAUGUUGCGCAGCUCAGAGGUGUAAAUACACAUGUCCGUGUUUGGUAUUCUACUGUGUUCACUUGCAAUGAGCUGCCAAGAAAGCUCAACAAGUCUGAGAGAAAACCACCGGUGACAAGUUUUAAUGAACUUAAGCGUGAAGCUAGACUGAAGAAAAAGGAGAGACAAAAAGUGCAUGAGAUUACAUUACAACCUCCUGAAAAUGGCUUGUUGGUUGAGCAACUAAUUCCUAUUGCUCAUGAAGUUUAUGCUGCCAGAUGUGAACUAUUAUCUAGUGUUUCAAGACUUGUCAACUACACUGCUAUUUAUACAUGCAGCUUAUGUGGAGAAGUACAUGUUGGUCAUCCACCACAUAAAAUUAGAACAUGUAAUGUUAGAGGCAGCCCAUCUAGCAAAGAACAUAUUUGGGUCAAAGGUGGUGUUGAACAUGUUUUGCCACUUGUAGAGUCAUUUCAUCUGUAUGAUAGAAUAGGGAGGGCUGUUUCACAUACUGAAAUGCUUGAAGUGGACCGAAUUCCAGCAAUUGUUGAAUUGUGUGUCCAGGCAGGUUUUGACAUGGCUGAGUACCCUACCAGGAGAAGGGCCUUCCCUGUUUACUGUGUGGCUGGUAGAAUAUUUGAUUUUGAGAAAAGAUUUCCGAAGGGAUUUUCUCUUGGCAAAGAUAUAGAUGCUCAUGGGUUUUGGCAUAAGAAAAAGAGAUUGGAUGAAGAUACACAUUCUAUUGUGAUGCAUUCUGAUGAUAUCCAAGGUAUUGCAGUUCAAGGCAUGACAGCCUGGGAGAAAAUGCGCACAGGAGCUUCAAAACUUAUGGAGAAGUAUGCUGUCCAAACUUGUGGAUAUUGUCCAGAAGUACAAGUGGGACCUAAAGGUCAUAGAGCACGGAACUGUAAAGCUUACAAACACCAGAUGAGGGAUGGGCAACAUGCAUGGCAGGAGGCUACAAUUAAUGAUUUGGUACCUCCUGUAUAUGUCUAUCACGUUCGAGAGCAGCAACUUGGGAAGCCUUUGGUAAAUGAGUUGAAAAGGUACUAUGGUAUGCUGCCUGCAGUGGUUGAGCUAUUUGCCAAGGCUGGGGCACCAGUUGAGAAGAAUUAUGAGUGUACGAUGAGGGAAGAUAUUGUAAUCCCUGAAAUGGAUGAGGAAAAGUGGGUUGUAUAAAGCAAUCAGUUGGCGACUUGUGUGCGUGGAGGAACCAUUUAGGCACUGGAAGAGUCUAAAUAUGAAAAAUUAAGGUGUUUCUUUCAAAUAAUAACUUGUCUUCGCUAGAAAAGAUAUAGUAAGUGUCCAGUGUGGGUAAUUAUUGAUCUUGUUCUCUGCCAGCAACACAAGGUUGCAGUCUUGAUUAUAUGGAACACAACUGCUUUUGGCACCCUCUGCAGGUAAAGGACUUAGAUUUCUUGCUUGGAUUCCUUCAAGAACGGUUCUUCAUCUCUCUACCAUUCUCAUUUGUAACUUUAUUUAGUUUUUUAGUUCAUUAUGCUUUAUGUGAUAUAGUGAUAUUUUGUAGUAUAAUUUCCUUCUACUAAAACCACAGAAAACCUUAGUCCAUAGGAUUAAUUUAGUAUUUUCUGCUAUACAAGAGGCAUAGAUAUAGAUGAUGAUGCACUGGCUGAGGAGGAAAAAGAUUCUUGCCAAGUAUAUUACAAGGAGGAAGAAAAUAGAAAAAAGGAACCAAAGAUUUAAUUUAACAAUAAAUUAGUUCCUCGGUUCCCACUCCAUCAGAUUUGUAGAACAGGUUGUGGCUAGGUUCUGCUGUGUUCCACACCCUCCUUUAACCAGUGUAUCAGUUUAUUCUAGACUUCACAGAGCAGUUGGGUGGCUAUAAAUGAAGCUAUGUUGCUGGUGCUUAAUUAAACCACUUGUAUCGUCUUCAUAGAUCUUACAGUUUAGUAAUAGAAUAUAUUUUGCAAUUAGUCUUGUAAGCACUAAUGCAUGCUGAUGCUGUCUCAAAAAGGAGGAGAAAUGUAAUAUUAUCCUGAAGUAAGAAAUUCCUUACUCAAAGGAAGAAUCUUCACCUUUCAUUUUUCUCUUCCAUUUUAAUUCUUAAGCGAGGGUUAUGAUGAUCCACAUGGAAGAAGAAAUAUCUUCCGACUAAAGUGAAGAGGAAACAUCGUCUUUUACUUGAUGCUGAUCAUACUCUUUUUUCUCCUGUUGUGGUCUUUUUUUUUUUUUUUUACUAUACCCCAAAGCUUGUAAAAGAAAAAUCAUUUGGAACACAUAUUUGUUCAAGGAUGAUUAGUUAUAUUUGC